GACUUCACGAGAGGACCCAUUCUCUCUCUCUCUCUCUCUCUCUCUCUCUUUCGCCCCUUUCGACUCCAAGCCACUUGACACCUUCGUCGAUCUCCUUGGGCUUGAAGAGGAGGAGGGGAAUCGAGGCAAAUGGACAUCUUGAUCGCGCAGAUCCAGGCGGACCUGCGGUCGAGCGACGCGCUGCGCCAAUCGGGGGCGCUUCUGCAGGCGCUGCAGCAGUCGGCGGCGGGGCGGGACGUCUCUGCUGUGGCCCGCUCCACCUGCGAGGAGAUCCUCGCUUCCCCGGCUUCCGCCGUCUCCAAGAAGCUCGCCUUCGACCUCAUCCGAUCUACCCGCCUCACCCCCGACCUCUGGGACACCGUCUGCUCCGCCGUCCGCGCCGACCUCGACUUCCCCGACCCUGACGUCGCCGCCGCCGCCGUCUCCAUCCUUUCUGCCAUUCCCUCCCACCGCCUCCCCCGCCUCGUUGCCGACGCCCACCGCGAGAUCGCCGCCUGCUUCGACUCCCCCAGCGAGACCCUCCGCCUCGCUGCCACUGAGACCCUCGGAUGCGUACUCGCUCGCGACGAUCUCGUCCUCCUCUGCGACACCGCCCCAGGCCUCCUUGACCGCGCCUCCGCCUGGUGGGACCGCAUCGCUGAAGGCACGCUCGACCGCUCCGACGCUGUUUCCUGCGCCGCCUUCGCGGCCGUCGGCCGCCUCUUCCAGGAGUUCGAGACCAAGCGCAUGAGCCGCCUAGCGGGGGACAAGCUCAUCGAUGGCGAGAACUCACUCGCGAUCCGCUCCAAUUGGGUUGUCGCCGCCAUUGACCUCGUCUGGAAAAAGCGCAAUGCCCUCAUGGCCCGCUCCCUCAUCAUCCCUGUUGAAAGCUUCCGUGCCACCGUGUUCCCGCUCGUCUAUGCUGCAAAGGCCGUGGCUUCUGGUUCCCUCGAGGUGUUCCGGAAGCUAUCCAGGUCUGGAGAGAGCAACAACAACACGGGCACCGCCACCGCGGUGGACUCCUCGAUGAACGCUGAGAAGCACGUCGGGGUCUCGGACGUGGUCUCCCAUCUCCUGCCGUUCUUGAGCUCUUUGGAUCCACCUUUGAUCUUCGAGGUCGGAAUCAAUAUGCUCUCUCUGGCUGAUGUUCGGGGAGGAAAGCCGGAGUGGGCUUCAGCAUCAAUCAUCGCCAUUCUGACACUCUGGGAUAGGCAGGAGUUCUCUUCCGCUAGAGAAAGCAUUGUGAGAGCUGUCGUCACGAAUCUCCACCUUCUCGAUCUCAGCAUGCAGGUUUCUUUAUUUAAGAUGCUGCUUCUGAUGGUGAGAAACUUAAGGGCAGAAUCAGAUCGUAUGCAUGCUCUGGCAUGUAUAUGCCGCACAGCCCUUUGUGUUGAUCUUUUUGCAAAAGAAAGUGUGCGAAGAGGACAAAAGCCCCUCCCUGGAACAGACAUUACUUCACUUUUCGAGGAUGCAAGGAUAAAGGAUGACUUGAACAGUGUAAUGAGUAAAAGCUUGUUCAGAGAGGAAUUAGUUGCUUCACUAGUAGAAAGUUGCUUUCAAUUAUCUCUUCCGUUGCCUGAGCAGAAGAAUUCGGGAACUGAGGGUAGAGUCAUUGGUGCUUUAGCCUAUGGUACUGGUUAUGGUGCACUUAAUUGGACAGAGUCAGCUUUGGAGGUUGUAGAAGUGUGCAGACCAUGUGUUUUAUGGGACUGUGAUGGACGAACUUAUGCCAUAGAUUGUUACCUGAAGUUACUUGUCAGGCUCUGUCACAUUUAUGAUACAAGAGGAGGUGUGAAGAGGAUCAAGGAUGGUGCUUCUCAGGAGCAGAUUCUGAAUGAGACUCGGUUACGCAACUUGCAAUUACAACUUAUCAAAGAUCUUCGUGAGGUGCAUACACCAAGAAUAUCUGCACGCUUAAUUUGGGCCAUUGCUGAACAUUUUGAUAUGGAAGGUCUUGAUCCACUUCUAGCUGAUGACCUGGAGGAUCCGUUAAACAUAAUUAUAUCAAAUAUACACAAUGUGUUGUUCAACACCGAGUCCUCUGCAACUACUGCAAACAGGCUACAAGAUGUGCAAGCUAUCCUUAUUUGUGCACAACGUUUAGGUACACGGAAUCUCAGAGCAGGUCAGCUGUUGAGUAAAGAACUUGAAGAUUUUAGAGGUAGCACCUUAGCUGACUCUGUAAACAAGCAUCAAAGUCGCUAUAUAUUGCAGAUAUUGAAGUACGUUGCCAGUCAUCCAGAAAGCAGAUGGGUAGGUGUUAGCGAGACGACAGGAGAUUAUCCUUUUAGCCACCAUAAGCUCACAGUCCAGUUUUUUGAGACAUCUGUAGCACAAGACAGAAAGUUGGAGGGAUUGGUUCAUAAGGCUAUUCAAGAGCUUUGGAGGCAUGAUCCCAGUGAAUUGAGCCUUUUGUUAACCAAAGGCAUCGAUUCCACUGGGCAUAAAGUAUCUCCAAAACCACAUGCACUGACUGGUAGUAGUGAUCCUUGCUAUGUUGAAGCAUAUCACCUGGCAGAUUCGACGGAUGGAAGGAUCACCCUGCACUUAAAGAUCUUAAACUUGACUGAACUAGAGAUUAAUAGGGUGGAUAUCCGUGUUGGACUAUCUGGAGCAUUGUACUUUAUGGAUGGGUCACUUCAGGCAGUUCGGCCGCUAAGAAAUCUUGUCUCACAGGAUCCAGUCCUUAGCAGCGUCACUGUUGGUGUUUCGCACUUUGAGAGAUGUGCUCUUUGGGUUCAAGUUCUUUAUUACCCUUUCUAUGGAAGUGGUGUUUCUGGAGAUUAUGAAGGAGAUUAUGCAGAAGAGGAUUCUCAGAUUUUGCGGCAAAAGCAUUCCCAGAAACCAGAACUUGGAGAGCCUGUAAUCUUACGGUGUCAGCCUUACAAGAUCCCGCUAACAGAUCUUCUUUUGCCACAUAAAUGUUCUCCUGUUGAAUAUUUUCGCUUGUGGCCAAGUUUACCAGCUAUAUUGGAGUAUACAGGUGCAUAUACUUAUGAAGGAAGUGGUUUUAAAGCCACUGCUGCACAACAGUAUGAGGCUUCCCCAUUCCUCAGUGGGCUCAGAUCACUCGCAUCUAAGCCUUUCCAUCAAGUCUGCUCACACUUCAUCCGCACAGUGGCAGGCUUUCAGUUGUGCUAUGCUGCAAAAACUUGGUAUGGUGGUUUUGUCGGUAUGAUGAUCUUCGGUGCCAGCGAGGUGAGCAGAAAUGUGGAUCUGGGAGAUGAGACAACAACGAUGAUGUGUAAGUUUGUCAUCCGAGCAUCUGAUCCAUCAAUCACAAAGGAAAUAGGAUCAGACCUGCAAGGCUGGUUAGAUGAUAUUACGGACGGGGGUGUGGAGUACAUGCCCGAAGAAGAGGUUAAGACUGCGGCUGCAGAGAGGCUAAGAAUCUCCAUGGAAAAAAUAGCCCUGUUCAAAGCAGCCAAGCCACCUCCACAGCCUCCAAAGGUGGAAGAAGAAGAGGAAGAUGAAGAUCAGAAAAAGAAAGAGACUGAUGAUGAGAAUGGUAACCCUAAAGAACCGUCAACCUUAUCAACUCUUACUGCAGAGGAAGUGGAACAUCGUGCCCUUCAGUCUGCAGUUCUACAGGAGUGGCAUAUAUUAUGCAAAGAAAAAGCCGUCAAAGUUCAGUGACUUCCUCCCCACCCCGGUGAGAUCUUUGGCUUCUCAUCAUACUGCAUGAUUUAGUGUUUGUUGAUUGUAGAAUUCCCUUGUGUUGUUGUAUACUGUGUGACUCAUAAUUUUGCUACUCUUGUUGAUAUUUGUAGUCUUAAUUUCCCUGUGAGUGUUCUCUGGAGACUUGCAA